GUCCAUUCGAUAGAGAGGAAGCCCAAAGCAGUUGCAGCAAUUACAUACAACAUACACACACAAAUAUAUCAUCACCAGCCAGAUCUUACUCGCAAUCGUCGCAAUGAUCUCUCAAUUCUUCGUGCUUUCUCAGAGAGGCGACAAUAUUGUUUUUCGAGACUAUCGUGGAGAUGUGCAAAAGGGAAGUGCAGAGAUUUUUUUCCGGAAAGUAAAGUUUUGGAAGGAGGACGGUGAAGAAGAGGCGCCGCCUGUCUUUAAUGUGGAUGGCGUGAACUACUUCCAUGUGAAGGUAGUUGGAUUGUUGUUUGCUGCGACAACUAGAUCCAAUGUGUCACCUUCUCUAGUCCUGGAACUUCUACAGAGAAUUGCACGCGUCACUAAAGAUUAUCUCGGCAUUCUAAAUGAAGAUUCCUUACGGAAAAACUUUGUGCUUGUUUACGAAUUGCUUGAUGAAGUCAUUGAUUUUGGUUAUGUGCAAACAACGUCCACUGAAGUUCUGAAAGCUUCGGUAUUCAAUGAGCCAAUCAUGAUUGAUGCUGGACGUUUGCCGGCCCUGGGUCCUGCUUCCAUCUUUAUGCAAGGGACUAAAAGAAUGCCAGGAACAGCUGUCACAAAAUCUGUUGUAGCAAAUGAACCAGGUGGUAGAAAGAGGGAGGAAAUUUUUGUGGACAUAAUUGAGAAAAUAAGUGUUACAUUCAGCUCUAGUGGGUAUAUCCUGACUUCUGAAAUCGAUGGCACCAUCCAGAUGAAGAGUUAUCUUACUGGCAAUCCAGAAAUCCGAGUGGCUCUAAAUGAUGAUCUUAGCAUAGGAAGAGGUGGAAGAUCAAUUUAUGAUUAUGGUGGUUCUUCCGGAGCUGGAGCAGUUAUACUAGACGAUUGUAAUUUCCAUGAAUCUGUUCAUCUAGAUAGUUUUGAAGUCGAUCGAACACUGAGUCUGGUGCCCCCAGAUGGUGAAUUCCCUGUCAUGAAUUACCGUAUAACUCAGGAGUUUAAACCUCCAUUUCGAAUCAAUACCCUCAUUGAAGAAGCAGGAUCACUCAAGGCCGAAGUGAGUUUGAAGAUACGUGCUGAGUUUGCCUCUAGCAUCACGGCAAACGCAAUUGCAGUACAGAUGCCCCUUCCGGCGUAUACAACUAGAGUUAGUUUUGAGUUGGAACCGGGAGCAGUUGGACAGACCACGGAUUUUAAAGAGUCAAACAAGAGACUAGAAUGGAAUCUGAAGAAGAUUGUCGGUGGAUCUGAACAUACACUGCGUGCCAAGCUAACAUUCUCUCAAGAAUCUCAUGGCAAUAUCACGAAAGAAGCUGGACCUGUUAGCAUGACCUUCACCAUACCAAUGUACAAUGCUUCAAAGCUUCAGGUGAAAUACCUACAGAUAGCUAAGAAGUCCAAGACCUACAACCCUUACCGGUGGGUCAGAUAUGUGACGCAAGCUAACUCUUAUGUUGCUCGUCUAUGAAGAGAGACUUUUGAUUCCUGUAAUUUGGUGUUGCAAUGCUGUUGUAUUUUUUUUUCACUACUUUUGAAUUGUCAUCUGGUUUCUCUAAUUUGUUGGGAACCGGAGUAAGGUAGGUAUUGGCUGUUUGUCUUUGAUCUUUUUGUAGAAUUAACCUUUUCCUUUUGGAACUUGAUUUUGGAAUGUGUUGACGCCUUAAAUAAUAGCAUAGAACACACAUCACAAUGCAAGGCAUAUAUUGCAAAUUGUAUGAGUUCAGUCUGUAAAUGUCUAAGAUGUACUACAAAUUUAUUUUUGGUUAUUAA